CUCCCCAUCUCCUUGCCGAGCCCCACAGCCCCCUCGCUCCGUGGAUCUUCUUCCUCCUCGCGCGAGCGCCGCCUCUCAUCCCGCUGCCGAGCGCCCGCGCCCCCUAGCUCGUCUUCCUCCUCGCUCGAGCGCCUCCACCGCAGGUUGAUCUCCCCUUCGAUUCUCUCGCUCCCGACCGUUUCUCCUCCCAUCACCCCACGAACGGAUUCCGCCCUUUAGAUCCCCAUUUCAUAAUCUUCCCCAAUUCGUAACUGAGGCAAAAAUCAAGAUUUCCGGGCGCCCUACCUUGCCCUACUGGGUCCUCUGCCCGUGGGUGUGGCAAGCAGCGGCUCAGACAAGAUUUCGCGUGUUUAAGCAUGAGACUGGAAUCUCUGUGACUGUGAGAGUCAUUGCUUGCUUCCAACCAUUGCAAAAUUGCCAGGCUGAGUACUUCCGCCACCUCCUCAAACCUGUCACGUAGUUCGACUCGGUUCUCUCAUUUGUUGCUGAAUAGAAUUUUUGCUAUUUUAAUUAUUUUUCCACAAAGACAAUUCAAGUGGAAGAACAUCCUGUUCAUCCGAAUUCCUACUGGUAAUUCAGUUUGGUGGUUCUUUGUCGAUGGGAGAGAAAGAUGAUCCUUGGUGCCAUUGGCCUAGUACUCCAUGGAAAUUAAAUGUCGACAGCUCUGCAAGCAACCCCUGUGCUGCUGAUAUUGGGCUUGAUAAUACCAACUCUGUGAAAUUGCUCACAUAUCCGAACACCCAUGUCUACAUCUAUUCUGGAGUUGCUGCACCUGUGCCGUUUUUCACAGCAUCUGUUGCUGACAGACCUCUUCCAGUUUCUUCGAGAUUUGUCUCAACAUUGGCUCCAAACAUGGGACUGUCCAGAACUGAUCCUCCAAACAAUAGAUCUUUGGUUUUCUGUCAGAAUGAGAAAACCAGUGCAGGUCCUUUCUUAAGGAAGAGAGCUUUGGAUCCUGUGCCAGAGUUGCAAGGUAGCAAUGAGACUAAUGUAACUGAUUUUGGAGCACAAGGCACCGAUGAUACUCAUGAGAACACUGAAGAGAUUAAUGCGCUCCUAGAUUCCGACUCGGAUGAAGGGUAUGAGAAAGUGCAUGAAUUCAACAAAGCCAAGAAAUCUCCUGUAGAUAAUGACACCUUGAGUGUGGAGUCAGUAGCCAGUGCUGGUGCUAGUGUAGGUGCUGCCCAUCCAACGAAGAAGAGAAAACUCAGCUCUGAUACCGACAGGUCUGUUGUUGAUACAGCCAGCUCAGCAAGGCCCGGCCAUUCCAAUGGACAGAAGCAUCCUGGAAACGAUGAUGAUGCACAGUCAUGUUGCAUUGGUGAAGUUGAAAGUGACCGCAAGUUUGCUCUCACUUUGAAGGAUGGAGAAGAAGCAGAAGGCGACAGCCCUGAUGAUCGGAAGCUGAGAAUAGAGAAGAUCCAAGAAACUGUUGCUGCUCUUAGAAAGAUCGUCCCUGGAGGCAUCGCCAAAGAUGCUACAACUGUUCUUGAUGAAGCAAUCAGCUACCUGACGUCUCUUAAACUUAAGGUCAAGACGCUGGGAGCUGUUUCCCUCUAGCUCCUCAAUAGUUCUAAGUUUUUUCUUGACUCAAAUAGCUUCCUAUAUAUUCGAGCUGCAACUAAAAGUAAAAACAGUAUUAAGUUGGAGGGGCCAAGUCAGUUCCAUCUGGUGCUUUUUUACCUCACGAGAAAACGCAAAGCUUGCGUCUCGAACUCUCAGUGCAUUGAAAGAAGAAUGUUAGGCUCAUUGGAGCAGAAGAAGGAACAUCCAAUGUGGAUAUUUUGCUAGCUAGCUAGCUAGCUAGUUUUGUUCCCACAAGGCUCCAAUUAUUGAGCCAAGUCAGCCUCUGGAGAAAACGCAAAGCUUGCGUCUCAGAACUCUCGGUGCAUUGAAAGAAGAAUGUUAGGUUCAUUGGAGCAGAAGAUGGAACACCCAAUGUGUAUAUCUUGCUAGCUAGCUGGUUUUGUUCCCACAAGGCUCCAAUUAUUGAGUGGUUACAAUUGGCAUGUAUUACUGCAGUACUGCUUCAAUUGAGGCUGGUGGGCAUGUACUCCUUCCUCUCGGUGUGGAUCACUGAGGACUCAUGGUGGCCGUGGAUUUAGCUAGGUUGCUGCUUCUGGUAAAUUCCAUCUCUGUGUGCCUGUUGUAGUUCCUCUCUUAAAAGGCCCUCAUGGCGUCGAUGGAUCAAUAAGUUAUUGGACGCCAUAAAGAGCUUUCUUUGAAGUGUGAUCAAAAGCGCCAAAGGAGGCUGACAAGAAAGGAAGAUGUCCAUGCAAAGCGUAUUGUUGUGCUGUAUGCGUCCAUGGCUUUUGAACCAAAGGCAGAUGGCGCGAGGUAGUAGUUGAUAGUGUGUUCCUGGGGUCCAACCCCAACAAAGUGUAGUGUGCGCGCCUGAUAUGGAGUUGAAUGCCCCCCCAGUUGCGCUCCUUUUCCUCCCCUGCUUACUUGUUGCAUAUAUACUCCUGCUUUAUACGCGCUGUAAUGAUAGUUCCUCGGCUCCACUGGUGCAUGCCUUAAUUAUUUCCUUCUGUAUGUUGUACGCUAGCAUGGUAUUGUUUCUCUUCCGAUCCAUGUGCACAUGCAGUAAUUUUCAGGAUUCCCUUCCCUA